AUGAUUAACCCUGGCGUGAGGACUGCUGCGCCGGGGUACCUGGAAGGAAGGCGCUCUCGUGGCGCACCUGAACUGGCCCGCCGCGAGCGGUCGCGAAACCGCUGCUGCCUGCGUGUCGCGUGCUUCGUCUCCGUCCCCCGCUACGUGGAGACCUUGGUGGUGGCCGACGAGUCCAUGGUGAAGUUCCACGGCGACGACCUCCAGCACUACCUGCUUACCCUCAUGGCCACGGCUGCCCGGCUCUACAAGCACCCCAGCAUCCGCAACCCCAUCAACAUCUCAGUGGUCAAGUUCCUCAUCAUCGGGCAAGACGACAAAGGGCCCAAAGUCACCGGUAAUGCUGCCCUCACCCUGCGCAACUUCUGUGCCUGGCAGAAGAAGUGGAACAAAGUCAGUGACAAGCACCCCGAGUACUGGGACACUGCCAUCCUCUUCACCAAGCAGGACCUGUGCGGUGCCACCACGUGCGACACGCUGGGCAUGGCCGACGUGGGCACCAUGUGCGACCCCAAGCGCAGCUGCUCCGUCAUCGAGGACGAUGGGCUGCCGUCUGCUUUCACCACGGCCCAUGAGCUGGGCCACGUCUUCAACAUGCCCCACGACAACGUGAAGGCCUGCGAGGAGGUCUUCGGCCAGCUGAAGACCAACCACAUGAUGUCGCCCACCCUCAUCCAGAUCGACCGUGCCAACCCCUGGUCGGCCUGCAGCGCUGCCAUCAUCACCGACUUCCUCGACAGCGGCCACGGAGACUGCUUGCUGGACCAGCCCGCCAAGCCCAUCUCGCUGCCAGAAGACCUGCCGGGCGCCAGCUACAGCCUGAACCAGCAGUGCGAGCUGGCCUUCGGCGUCGGCUCCAAGCCCUGCCCCUACAUGCAGUACUGCGCCAAGCUGUGGUGCACGGGCCAGGCGCGGGGCCAGAUCGUCUGCCAGACCCGCCACUUCCCGUGGGCGGACGGCACGAGCUGCGGCGAGGGCAGGUUCUGCCUGAAGGGCGCCUGCGUUGAGAAGCAUAACAUCAGUAAGUACAGGGUGGACGGCAGCUGGGGGAAGUGGGCGCCCUACGGCCAGUGCUCGCGGACGUGCGGCGGUGGGGUCCAACUGGCCAAGCGGGAGUGCAACGACCCGGUGCCUGCCAACGGCGGGAAGUACUGCGAGGGUGUCCGCGUCAAGUACCGCUCCUGCAACCUGGACUCCUGUACUGCUGCAGUGCCAGGGAAGAGCUUCCGAGAAGAGCAGUGUGAAGCUUUCAAUGGCUACAGCCACAGCACCCACCGCCUCACCGCCUCCAUCUCCUGGGUCCCCAAGUACUCCGGAGUCUCGCCUCGGGACAAAUGCAAGCUCAUCUGCCGGGCCAAUGGCACGGGCUACUUCUACGUGCUGGCACCCAAGGUUGUGGACGGCACCCCUUGUUCCCCAGACUCCACCUCAGUGUGUGUCCAGGGCAAAUGCAUCAAAGCGGGGUGUGACGGGAAGCUGGGCUCCAAGAAGAAAUUCGACAAAUGCAGUGUGUGCGGAGGCGACAACAAGAGCUGCAAGAAGGUCUCGGGCUUAUUCACCAAAGCCAUGCAUGGCUAUAACUUUGUGGUGGUCAUCCCAGCGGGAGCCUCCAACAUCGACAUCAGGCAGCGAGGCUACAAGGGGCUCAUCAGCGAUGACAACUACCUGGCGCUGAAGAACGGGCAAGGCAAGUACCUGCUCAACGGCCACUUCAUCGUCUCGGCCGUGGAGAGGGACCUGAUGGUGAAAGGCAGCGUGCUGCGGUACAGCGGCACCGGCACCGCCGUCGAGAGCCUCCAGGCCUUCAAGCCCAUCCAGGAGCCCCUUACUCUGGAGGUGCUCUCCGUGGGGAAGAUGACUCCUCCCCGGGUGCGUUACUCUUUCUACCUGCCCAAGGAGAGCAAGGAGGACAAGUCCUCGUACAAGAAAGAGGGGAAGAGCCCUCCGGACCUCAACAACAGCGUCCUGAGCCUGUCCAACCGCUUGGACGUGGGCAGGCCCAAUUACAAGCGUCCCUCCUACAAGUGGGCGGCAGGAGGCUGGGAGGCUUGCUCCGUCACCUGCGGCAACGGGCUGCAGAAGCGCGCGGUGGCCUGCCGCGACUCCUACGGCCAACUGGCCUCCGAGUGCGACGCGGCCCAGCGGCCCGCCGACGUCAGGAUAUGCGCCCCGGCCGGGCAGCUCCUGCCCCGGGAUAGUUGCAAUUUUAGGAGGAAGCCUCAGGAGCUGGACUUUUGCACCUUGCGGCCGUGCUGAGCGGGCUGGGGGCGUUGCCGAAGAAAGCAUGGUGUCUCUCUGGCUGGAGAUGCGUGGCUGAAGGUGGAACAGCAGCCAGGGGUUGGGAGAGGGGGAGAUGUCCGAGGGCGAGGGGUCUGUUACAUAGCACAUAUCAACUGGACAAAGGGCCUGUGCGUGGGGAGAGCGCGCGCCCGCGUGACGGCAACCCUGCGCGCUCAGGCGAGAGGGCCUCGGCGCGGUUUUUAUAGACCAGGUUGCUCGGAGACGGAGCGGGAAUAAACAUCUACCUCGAAGCUGCCGAAUUACGCGAAAACCCGCCGCCGACCAGGGGACGCUGAGAAUCGGGGGGACAGACGGAAACGCCGGCUGGAGCGGUCUCUGGGGAGCGCUGCCCGGAGGGCAUGCAGAGCAUGUCCCUAUAUUGCACAGAUCAAGCCUCCCGCUGGCCUUCCCAGGGCUAAGGCUACCUCCCUCCUCCCCCCUUCCCUGACCCCCCCGAACCCUCGUGCUAAAUGGGACCAAAAGGAAUUACCGAUGCAACGAUGGCAAACUAUACUGUCUAAUACCAGUGCGACGAGGUGCUGGGGCUCGCGGGAACUGACGCCUUCAGGGCUUGCCGGCAGUGACUUCGCAGCCUGGACGCACCAUCGCUGCUAUCCAGAGAGCCUCAGCAGCGUCUCCGUACCGGGCUGCAAGGUGGUGGCUUUAUUUUUGUUUUCUCCUCAUGUUUAUGAUCUGAACCGUGUAGAUGUAAUGGUGCUUAACUCUGUAUUUUUGACCUCCUCCCUCCUCCUGGGUGUAAACCUUGUGCAGUGGGGACGGCGUUAUUCCCAGUGGGUCCUCUCAUAAGGCCAGGGUUUUCCUACGGUGCUUCGGGAAGAGGCUGGGGGCUGAGAACAUAUCUUGGCUAACUGGGCACACAGUUCACAGCCGGACGCUCAUUUACACCCCAGGCCAGGGCAGGGUGUGAACUGCCCACCUAAGGCCCUUUGGGGCUUAAAGGGAUCAUUAUGGAAGUGAGACUUGGGCUUUAAUUCCAGAUGGCAACAAGCGACUGUACUGUAGUAUCACAGCAUGGUGCCCCAGCACAUGGGCCCAGAAAUAGUCCAGCAAGUUGCUCAUACUUGACUUUGCUCUGGAAAUGGUGCUCACUGCCCAACAGGACCAACAAGCUGUGCCCAGGCAUCCUACUGCCCUCUUCUCUCCAAAGUUUGGGUCAGGUGGUUGUUGUUGUUUUUUUCCCCCUGCAUUAAACUCCUAGAGAGAUAUUCUGAGCUGAAAUCUAACGGAGAUGGGUGCAAAUUCUCCCACUACUUCGCUGCCCUGAGCUGUGGCAACCGUCACGGCAUUGCUUGUGAACUGCAAGAGUGCAAGAGGAAUUCAGGUCCUUGGCCUCUUCUGGGGGGGGAAACGGGACCAGAAGGGCCUAGGUGCACAGGGGAGGAGGGUCAGGGUGAACCUGUCGCUGCUGCGGAGCAUCUAUGACCAGCUUUUUCCCCUCAGGGUCCUGCCCAGGUGCUUUUGUGCAAGGGUUUAUUACGGACCUCAAGCGGUUCUGUAGCAUGGUGCCUGCCCCAUUCAGAGGCUGCGUCUUACCUCAUGCAACGCCCUCCUCACCAUGACCCCUUAACGGUUCUUUUUUCCUCCCGUCUCUUGCUCAGAUUGUAUCGUCAGGGAUCGUUUCACUCUUUGCUCUUCCACUGUAUAAGGAUGAAGGUCACUGGAAGCUCCUGGUGCCCUUUAACCAGCACCAAAAGGUCCCUCAAUCAGCAUGUUGCCUGUGCACCUGGGGGUGGCUGCGCUGGACUACAUAGCGUCACAUCAAGUUGACCCCCUUUCUCUCCUCCCACGUCCCCGUUAUCGCAUGGGGGUGCAGGCAUGGGGGAAAGGGCCCUGCCAGGGUCUGGAGCAGCUUUCCAACACAAAUAGUGACAACAAACAACAUACCUUGUUUCAAGAUAAUAACAGAGGAACUAACUAUCAUGCUAGGUCAGACCAAAGGUUUAUCAAGCACCCUAUCCUGUCUGCCAGCGGUCAGUGGUGAGUACGGUGGGAAAGAGCUCAGGAAACCAGACAGCUGUAGCACAACCCUUCUCUUGAUAGCCCUUUCCACUAGCUUAGUGAAUUCCUGAUGAUAAUGUCUGCGGACCCAUCCUCUAUGAAUUUAUGCAAUGCCUUUUCGAACACAGUAAUGGUUUUGGUCUCCACAGCGCUUGAUACGGCCAGGAGCAGAUGUUGUGGUUGCUCUGCACAGCAGGGGAUUGGAUUUCGUGUCCUAGGAAAUCUCUUCCAGGUCUACAUUCCCACGAACGUAUCAUUCAUUUUCUGCUGGUUUUCCUGCAGAGCCGAGCCUACGGGGCUUUUGUUUGGGGACAGAGUUCUGAGG